AUGUUACUCACGCAUGGAAGUGACGCACACAUUUGUAUGUGAACAACGGCUGAUGGGGACAUUUUGAAAUAAGUAGCUAGCUAGUGGACCAAGGUUCACUUUACAAGCCACAUUUACUUUAUUAGUUGUAUGUCUCGCGUGCGUGAUACGUUCAAAUUAAUGAAGAUGUCACAGAAGUCGGACACUGAAGAAACAAACGUAUAACGUAAUACACAAGUGAGUUCCUGUCCUGGCCCACCUGUUUAAAACAGUCAGACCACGGGGUCCUACGCUCAACUAGCAGGAAGAUGGCAGACACUGAGAAGACAGAGGAGUUUGUCAAUGCUGAGAUCUUCCCAGAGCGUCCCGUGCAGGAGGGGUCAGCUGCUGCUGUCAGGGGGGAGCAGGAGGAGCCCCUUAAAACAGAGACCACCAGCUCUCCUCCAGGAGAAAAGGAGGGGGACAGCCCCCUGCAGACUGAGGGUGAGCCUAGCCUUCUCUCAAUGCCCUGCCUCAUGAUGGAGCUGAGAAGGAACUCCCCUGAGUCUCCGCACGCCUCCACCGGCAGUGACAAGCCCACCUCGGGCCGUGCCUACGAGAGUGACUCCUCCAACCCCUGCAUGCUCUCGCCCUCCUCCAGCGGCCACCUGGCCGACUCGGACACACUCUCCUCUGGUGAGGAGGGAUCCGCCUCGCGUGUGACAGUGGAGGGGGGCUCCACAGAGCCCGGGGCCGACACCAGACUUGCAGCAGGGGGUCAAACAUCUGCAUCAAGUGGGCGAAAGUCCCGUCGUUCACGUUCUGAAAGCGAGAUGUCAACCAACACAAUGGCAGCCAAGAAAAACCGCUGCCAGCCCGCUGUGGUGGGAGGAGCAGGCGUUGAGAAGCAGACCAACGGCCGGCUGGCUAAAGUCAAAGGUCACCGGAGCCAAAAGCACAAGGAGCGUAUUCGGCUGCUUAGGCAGAAGCGUGAGGCGGCGGCAAGGAAGAAAUACAACCUGCUGCAGGACAGUAGUACGAGCGAUAGCGACCUCACCUGUGACUCCAGCACCAGCUCCUCUGAAGACGACGACGAGACAUCAGGCGGCAAGACAAUCACCACAGACAUCCCAGACGGGACUCCCGUAGUGUGCCACUAUGAUAUUUCAGACACUGAUUCUAACCAGGAGAACUUAAGUGUGACUGCGGAGCGAGUGCGCCGGACCACCGUGAUAACACAUGAAAGGCUAAAAACACACAGGGACCAGGCUAUGGCAGCAAACUCUGGGGCAGUAAGAGUACAGCAUCUGUGCUCUCUCUCAGCAGGUCACAUGGAGGCAGAGCUUGCCCACAGGGAACCCCCUCAGCACAAGGGCCACAUCAACAUCCCCUCCUCAGACAGUGAGGUAGAAAUAGUAGGAGUGCAAGAAAACACAAGAUGUGCCCAUCCUCGGGGCGGGGUAAUUCAGAGCCUGUCCUCUGCCUGGAAGCCCAACUCACUGGAGCAGCUCAACAACAGCACGAGGCAAUCCUCCCAGCUCUGGACUACCGUGUCCCCCCAGCCCAACUGGGUGUCCCCUCCGGAGGUAGUGGACCUCACUUUAGACGAGGACACCAGACACAGAUACCUACUCUGAGCAACUCGUGCACUGAAGACUUCCUUACUCCCCUCUCCUCCCCCUCCAGCCUCUCCCUACCACGGCAUAGGCCCUUCCUGAGUGGUACAGCCACCACCUGUGACUCAUGGGUUGCGUCUCAAAUGACACCCUAUUCCCUAUAAAGCGCACUAUUCUCUAUACCUCAUAGGGCUCUGGUCAAAUGGAGUGAGCUAUAUAGGGAGUAUAGUGUAAUUAGAGACGCAGCCUCAUGGACUUCCUCUGAUGUUAUUAACCUACUGUAGAACCUUAUAUCAAAGCCAUUUUAACAAAGAUGAUUCCCUGAUCAUGGAUUUAAAAUACAUAAUCAAGAGGGCAAGACACUAGUGCAGAUUGAACCAUACAGAGGUGUUACAGUAAAACACAUAGCAAUAUUCUCCCUGUCCUGGACCUCAUUGAUCCUGAGGACUGUUGUCCGUACGUAGGUAGGCACUGUGUUCUGUCUGUCCGCUAGCUGUAACAUAAGACUUGAAGCUGCUGCAUGAGGGUAGGGCAGUAUCAGUAGCUCAAAUCUGCUGCACUACAGACUGGUGUCCUAUUCUCCAACUGACUGGAUUGGGCUUACAGUCGAUACUUAACGGCAGCUGGUACACUGUCUGCAGCAUGAUACGCCGGCAUGUGACGGAGCUUUGGUGGCUUGACCUGACCUGCUCCGUACUCCAGUAGAGAUGUCACUUAGGUAUAUGUUAAGAUUUUAACACUGGCUCUACCCUCACUGGUCAAACUACAUUGAUUAUGUUGUUUACCCUAUUGUGCUUAAAGAAGGUGUUUAGUUAAAAAAAAAUAUAUAUAAUAUAUAUAAUUUGUACUAUUGAUAAUUUUGCUUUCAAUAAUUGGAGCAUAUGUGUUUAAGAUAGUAACUGAAUCAAGUUCUAAGCUAGCUAGAUCAACUAUUUUUUUUGUCUUAUUCAAGGAAACAAACCACAACACUGGUCUGUUCAGUUCUCUUCUUUCUCCUCUCUGGGUAGCAAGUGAUCAGACACACAGUACUCAGGCAGUUGCUGCAGUCCUCUGGCAGUGCAGGCUGUGUACGGUACUAUUACUGUAAGACAGGUCAACUGUCUGUUGAGCCAAACUGUUGCUAUGGAGAACAGUCUGAUAGUGUCCCAGUUGUCGUUCUGGUAGUCAGUGAAUGUAUGACCAUGCAGGGCUGACUGGUUGCAUUUAUAUGGAUUGUGUGUAUAUCAGUGUGAAUGAGAUAUCUCUCCUCCUAACCUCUCGGGACCCCCUUUUUACAACUGAGGAAAUGUAUCUUCCAUUGAACAUUGCAAAGCAAAGGUGGCCUGAAUGCCUUGGAAUGUGCACUAUUUUCUUUCAGAAUCAUGUAUAUUCUUUUAUCUUAAAGCAUGGCAGAUUUUUGCUGUCUCUACAAAAAAAUGAUAUUUUAAUAAUAGAUGUGAAUUUACUACAUAGAUAUUAAGAAGCAAAGUGCAGGUGAGUUUGUGUCCAUUUGGGGGCUUUAUAGAGAGACCUAUUUAAUGUAUGAAUGGUUUUAACCCUGAUUCCUCAGGACUCCCUGUGGUUCUUGUGUUUAUUUUACUCAUGCAGUACUGCAGGCCUGGUUAGUUUUUACCAAUGGUCCAAUAUGACACAUCAGAUCCAUUUGAACUGCAUGAACUUUCCUGGUCUCCCUCAUGAGAGGGUUAUAUUGAAGCAUUUAAUUCACUCCUGCUGGUCACAGAAAGGGGAAAAGUCCUACUCGACACCAGGAACUGAACCAAAGUCUAAUGGAACGUAUGUCAACGAAAUACUUAACCUUAGAGACUUGUGAUAUUUAAGCUUUUGACAACUUAUUUUCCUUAGCACCUAUGAAAUUAUUUUGAGCUCUGAAUUUAUUCUUGAUGAGUUGAGUUCAACUUGAAUACAUCACUCUCCUCCCAGAGCAAAACGCCGUAGAAAUUAGAUGAAGAUGUCAUAAUUAUAUCAACAUUUCAGUGUCACCUUGACUCUUAACUGGCCAGUUUUCUCCACUGUAUGCAGAUAGCACUGAAAAAUACGCUUUUAUUCCAAACCUCUUGCAUGCAGCACUUCUAAGCCCAUUCUUGUCGUGUAGCUAGCUCUUCAUUAUGAUUUCUGUUAAAUGUCAGUAAAGUAAGACAUUGCUCAUGCCUUUAGGCUUAGUGGAUUGCUUUCUGUAUGAAACUAGGGCAGCGAUGCUCAAGUGGGGUUGCACAUACCAUUUAUUUUUUUGUCAAGUAAAACAUUGUUUCAACCCGUUCUCAGUAAUUUAACUAUUUUAUUUGGUUUAUUUUUGUUUAUUUUACUAUCAGUAUUUUUAAAUUAACAAGAAAUUAGUGUUAAUAUUUUCUUUCUUCUGCAAGUCCCUGACUUCCUUGAAAUUAUAUGUCUGUAGAACUAAAAGGAAACCAUUUUAAAACUAAAUAAAUGGAGUAUUAUUUAA